GAAAAAUGGGAAGUUAUAACUGUACAUUUUUGACUUUCUUUUGUGUCUUCGUGGCUGUUUUGGGAAUAGAAAGUUGGAAUCAUUGCACAAGUAAUCCUAAUUGUCGCUGUAUCCCAAAAGAUAACAAAAACUAUAUAGCAGACUGUUCGAAUCUAGCAAUCACAGAGGUACCGCGAACGCGACCAGAUGUCGACACUCUCAAUAUAGGACAUAAUAGAAUAAGUCACAUCAUGCAUCCGUUCAGUCCCACACUUGUGAAUUUGGAUAUGUCUUAUAACCAGCUUCAAAACUUUACUCAUGACGUGUUCGCAAAUUUAACACGCCUGAGAACUCUAAAUUUAGAAGGAAAUCAACUUCAAUUGGACGACAGCGUACUCAGACCGGAAGUCUUCCGAGACAUAAAAGCUUUACGUUCAAUAAACAUUAAGAAGACUAUAGUCAAAGCACCUAGCACAUUUCCAUAUAACAUGUGGGUCCAUCUGUCCUUAUUAGAGACUCUCCGGAUUGACGUCAUAUCAUCGACACAAUUUGGUCGACAGUUUCGCUCUUUAAGGUCAUUGACUGUCCUGGAUGUAUCAGGCUGCUCCGGGUUUUGCUCGAUAGAAGAAAUUGGAGAGAAGUUCUUGGAAAAUCUGCCUCACUUGGAGAUGCUGGAUUUGUCUUGUUGUCAGAUAAAAGGAUUCUCAGCAGGUGCCCUGAAAAAACAACGAAAUAUAACGGUCCUUGAUAUUUCAUACAAUGAAAGACUUACAUUUGCAAGUUUUGCAAAUAUAACAAGCGAUUUACAGUUUUCCAAAAUAAAGGUUUUCAAAGCUAAUAAAAUCCACUGCACGUAUGGAUUAGGUACUGUGAUACAAAUUCGUGACGUCAUGCACUUUCGGAACACAUCUCUUGAAGAACUUUACCUAGAGAACAACAGACUAGCUCUUGUAGAAAGAUAUGCUAUCCGCUAUUUUCCUCACACUCUCAGAAUAGUGUCGCUCGUCCGAAAUAAAAUGUCACCUGGUACUUACUUGAUGGAUGUCGUGUUCUUGACAGGGAUGGAAUCGCUUGACUUGUCCCUCCAGAUGGGGUCCACGCCCAUCAGCGACCUUAUAGACGCUUUCACUUGUCAAAACCCUAUACGACCUUCCAAUAACACAAUAGAGAGUCAUUCCAACAAAUUCAACACAGAACCAUUUCAAAUGAGAUACAAUACUAGUAUCACCGAAACUCUGCCAAGAAAUUUAAGAACGCUCAUACUGAGAACAUGUGGCAUACGUCUGGAACUGUUUAGGAUUCUUGUUAACCCGUCCAAUCAGUUAUCCCAUGUUGACCUUUCACAGAACGUAAUUACCAGCUUCACGGGGCCUAUUAUAGGAUUUAAUAAACUGAAAUAUUUGGACUUGUCAGAUUGUCUUUGUUCCUCGCUUUCAACUUGGUCUUCCAAAAAUCGCAAGCAUAUCUCGGACUUUCAUCAGAUGAAAUGUAAGUUAGACAAUGGAACAAGCUUUGGUUUCCAAGACAUAGAAACAGUUUUACGAUUGCUUGAAAUUCAGUGUAAAAAUUAUCAAGUGUUAAUAUUCAUAAUAACUUCUGUCAUAGUGUUCUUUGUGAUAAUCAUUGUUACCGGUUUAAUUUACCGGUACCGAUGGAAACUGCGGUACUUGUUUUAUAUGACUAAAAACAAAUACCGAUUAGUCAGACCUAUAUAUCGGGAUACGUUUACGUUUGAUGCCUUUAUAUCAUAUGCCGAUGAAGACAGUGACUUCGCGGUACACGAGUCGAUUUCCCAGCUAGAGGAAUCAAGAGGACUGCGCCUGUGCCUCAGCAAGAGGGACUUCCGGCCCGGUACAGAGAUCGCAGCUAACAUUACAGAAGCCAUCACCAAGAGUCGUAAAACAAUCAUAAUUCUGUCCAAUCACUUCCUGAACUCUUACUGGUGUAUGUAUGAAUUCAAUAUGGCAAGGAUGGAGAGUAUUUAUACCCGGAAUGGAAAGCACGUACUGUUCAUGGUUAUGUAUCGACACGUGACUGCUAAGAUGUUGCCUUUAUCAAUGCUGGCCUUGGUAGAAAGUCAUUCCUAUAUCGAGUACCCCGACGAUCCUCAGGGGAACAUCGUUUUCUGGGACAAAGUAGCUGAUACAUGCAGAAAUCCCUCAGAUUAA